AUGAUUCUCAGGAACAAAUCCAUAUCGCCCUUCCUCGCCUUCUUAUGUCUCGUCUCGUUAUCUCGAGGGCUGAUGCCGCCCAACAAUGAACAAGACUCUGCACCAACAACCUCGAAUGCCGUAACAAAACAGACUACAUUCCGACUCGCACAUGCAUUUCAUCGUGGUGGAACCGUCGCCCCGGACUCGUUCGCCCAAAUGGACUGGGACCCAUCUGAAAUUAAAGCUGAAUGUGAUGCUACGGGUCGACAAUCUUAUUAUACCGUAUCUACUAUUCAUGAAGUCAUGCCAAGUUUUGUAGAACAGGGUGGUGCUGAUAGUGGUAGUGGUAACGUAAGGACUCAACUCCGGGCUAUGCCAAAUGCUCGCGACGUGGAUACUGUCAGAGCUAUGGCAUAUAUGACUCUUGACUCGUAUACAGAGCCCGUGAAGAAGGAAUGGGUACCUGUAGACGGAUGGAAUGCUUCGUUACCUUUUGGUUGGGACUCUGAUGGUAUUCGAGGCUACGUCUUUAAAUCUGAUGAUGAAGAUGUUUUGGUUAUUGCCAUCAAAGGUACUUCUGCACAGGUCUUUGGUAUUGGAGGUGGACCAACUUCGAAACGUGACAAGUACAAUGACAAUAUGAUGUUCUCGUGCUGUUGCGCGAAAGUAGAUAGGUCAUGGACACCGAUAUGUGACUGCUGCCAAGACUCUACCACAUGCUCGGUCUCAUGUGUGCAAAAGCAAGCUAAUUUCGCAGAUUCCUAUUAUAAUUUGGCAGAGUCUAUAUACCUGCAAGCACGGAUAAUGUACCCUCGGGCAUCUAUUUGGUUCACAGGACAUUCUCUAGGUGGAGCUUUAGCUGCCCUACUAGCCUUCACAAACGGAGCACCCGCCUUUGCCUAUGAAGCCCCAGGUGAUGUACUGUAUGCAUCACGCCUAGGUCUCUUACCGCCACCUCGUAAUCAUGACUCGGUGCCAGACUACUCGUGGCUCUUUGACAUGCUCCCGAUAUAUCACUUUGGGAAUGCCCAAGAUCCAAUCUUUUUGGGUGUAUGUAAUGGAGCUUCCUCUAGUUGCUACUAUGGAGGCUAUGCAUUGGAAACACGAUGCCAUGUCGGCAAGACAUGUCUAUAUGACCCCGAAGAAUAUCAAAAGCCAAUGACGGAUAGUAAUGGUCGUCCUAUCUUGCGAAAGGUGGAUGCACCUGUAAGACACACUCUGCCAAAGGAAGUCCGACAACCAGUAGAAACAGCUGAAGAUCCAAAACUAGUACGAGCAUCUGCAAACCUCGAUAUACGGAUGCACUCUAUGGUCAGAGCCAUUGAAACGUACUUUGAUAAAUGGGAAUACGUGCCUGAAUGUCGGGUGGAAAAGGCAUGUGUUGAUUGUGAAACUUGGUCAUUUGUUGAAUAA